GCAUAAAAUGCUCUCCUCUCUCCGAGCCACCCUGUAAACACAGUCCUCUCUGCUUCCUUUAGACACUCUCUAAAUUUUCUAUUUCUUUCACUUUCGAAUACUAUUUUCCAAGAAAAUUCCAGCGACCACCUCGUCAGAGGCAGAAGGCUAUCUAACCAUUCAGCAAUCACGAACUGUUUUGAGAUUUGCGCCGAAAGAUAGAGAGAGGAAGAUCUCGAGCGGGAUCAGACUGAUUUAAAGUAAAGACGGCGAGAAUUUAUGAUAUAGACCGGGAUUUAUUUCUUCUUAGCUCGUGAGCGUCAUCAAUGUUGUUAUAGAGGGCGCGCGAAAUCGAUUGGAACAACGGGAAACUCGAGGCGGGAGCAGUAAUACAAAGUGCAGAGCUUGUCCCUGUCGGGUGUUUAUUGCGGGUCCGGUGGUGGUUGUGGUUGCGUGUUUCAGAAACAGAGGCUCUCUCUGCGAAGCAGGCAUUUGUGUUCAGUAUUUUGGGUUUCUAAUACUGAUGUGGUCUCUCUUUUUCUGAUUUGUAGUGAGGGAAAAUAUCGAGAAUCAGAGUUCGGAGAGUUCGGAGAGAGAUUGUAUGGGCCGCAGCAGCGGAAACAGAGCUGGUGUCGGUGUCGGUGUGCGUCUUUGAAGGUUUCCUUGUGGUUUCUUGGUGUUUUGUUAGGGGCAUUUGGGGUUUAAAAAUGAAGUUUAUGAAGCUAGGGUCCAAACCUGAUGCAUUUCAAUCUGAUGGAAAAUCAAUCAGGUAUGUGUCAUCUGAGCUGGCAACAGACAUCACAAUCAUUGUAGGUGAAGUAAGAUUUUACCUUCACAAGUUUCCUCUGUUGUCCAAGAGUCAACGCCUGCAAAAAUCAGUGCCCAAAGCCAGUGAGGAAAAUCUUGAUGAAAUUAAUUUGGCUGAUUUUCCUGGUGGGCCUAAAGCAUUUGAAAUUUGUGCUAAGUUCUUCUAUGGAAUGACUGUUACCCUUAAUGCUUACAAUGUUGUGGCUGCUCGUUGUGCUGCUGAGUAUCUCGAGAUGACCGAGGAUGUUGAUCGAGGAAAUCUUAUUUUUAAAAUUGAGGUAUUUCUUAACUCCAGCAUCUUUCGUAGCUGGAAGGAUUCCAUUAUUGUUCUCCAGACCACCAGAUCUCUUUUGCCAUGGUCUGAAGAUCUAAAGAUUGUUGGGAGAUGCAUAGAUUCCAUUGCCUCCAAAACCUCAGUGGACCCUGCAAACAUAACAUGGUCCUAUACAUAUAAUCGUAAAUUGCCAGUUUCUGAUAGAAUAGUUGAGGAUGGGAUGAAGUUUCUAGAGAAAAUUGAGUCUGUUCCAAAGGAUUGGUGGGUUGAAGACAUAUGUGAAGUGGAGAUUGAUCUGUACAAGCGAGUCAUUAUUGCUGUGAAAUUAAAGGGAAGAAUGGACGGUGCUGUGAUUGGGGAGGCAUUAAAAACUUAUGCUGUUCGAUGGUUGCCAGAUUCUGUUGAUGCUUUGGUAUCUGAUGAUCAUUCCUGGAGGAAUAGGUAUUUGAUAGAAACUAUUGUUUGUCUACUGCCUUCAGAUAGGGAAGUGGGUUGUUCAUGCAGUUUUCUACUGAAACUGUUGAAAGCUGCCAUUUUGGUUGGAGCAAGUGAUUCAUCCCGAGAAGAUUUGGUGAAGAGGAUCAGUUUGAAGCUGCAUGAGGCUUCUGUCAAAGAUUUAUUAAUUCCAGCUCAGUCUCCCCAAUCCACUUUAUAUGAUGUUGAUUUAGUGCAGUGCAUGGUGAAUCGUUUUGUGAUGCAUGAGAAGCACGGUCAGGAUUUUAAAGUUGAUGAGAAGAAUGAGGAGACUGAUAGUUUUGUUUUGGGACACAGAUCGUUGUUGAAUAUUGGUAAACUAAUCGAUGGAUAUCUUGCGGAAAUUGCACGUGACCCAAAUCUCACUCUUGCUAGUUUCAUUGACUUGUCACAUUCAAUUCCCGAUUCUGCAAGACCAACUCAUGAUGGGCUUUAUGUAGCAAUCGACACCUACCUGAAGGAGAAUCCUCGCCUGACAAAAACUGAAAGGAAGAAGAUAUGUAGUUUGAUGGAUGUCAAAAGAUUGACGAUGGAUGCAUCUAUGCAUGCUGCACAGAAUGAGCGACUUCCUCUCCGAGUUGUGGUCCAAGUUCUGUUUUUUGAGCAAGUUAGAGCAGCUGCUGGGGUUCCAUCCCUUACUAGCAACCCUGGAGAUGCUUCACAUUCCUCAACAAACACAGACGAGGAAUAUGACAAGAAGGUAGCAGCAGAUGUUUGCAAAUCCUUGAAUAAGCAGAUGAGUCAAUUGAAAGUUAAAGAUGAUGAUUCUGGUAAAAAUGGAAAGUUGACAAAAAAGAACAGCAAGAACAGCAAAAGUGGCAUCCAAUUACUGCCGUCACGGUCGAGAAGAAUGUUUGAUAAGUUGUGGGUUGUGGGUAAAGGGCGUGGAGAGAGCAGGAGCUCUGAAACAUCAGCAAGUUCUCAGAGCCCAACUUCUAUGGCUCCUGGGGACACCAAGUCUUCUGGUUCGUCUUCAAGACAUGGGAGGCAUUCCAACUCCUGAAUGAAGAAGAUUUCCACGGUUGGUGGUGUAAAGUGGUAGGAUUUUGAUGUUGCCGAUGAUGGGUUUGCUUAGGUUGCUGCUUCUUUUUUUUUUAUCAUUAUCUUCCAAUUAAAUGUAAAAUUAGUCAUUUUCAAUUGCCUUCUCUCUAACGUCCCAUUAGUUCGAAUUGCAAGAUUCUCCAUCUGUGUAUCAAGUUCAUUAGUUCCCCUGAAAGUAGUUUUCGAUUCUUAAAACAAUAGUUAAUCAAGCAUGCAUACUGACUCUUUAAGAAAGCCAACGUGUGCAAAUUUAUUGA